AUGUGCGACUUCUCAGAAGAUCAGACCACUGAGUUCAAUGAGACUUUCAGAACUGGAGAUGGCAAGAUCCUGUACAACCAGUGUGGCGAUGUCAUGAGAGCCCUGGGCCAGAAUCCUACCAAUGCGGAACUCAUGAAAGUUCUGGGGAACCCCAAGAGCGAUGAAAUGAAUGCAAAGACACUGAGCUUUGAGAAGUUCCUGCCCAUGAUGCAGACCAUUGCCAAGAACAAGGAUCAAGGCUGCUUUGAGGAUUAUGUGGAGGGGCUGAGGGUCUUCAACAAGGGAUGUCCUAUGUUAUCUAGUUCACAGGUAAAGAAUGCCUGA